ACAAAGCGAGUGUGCAACGCUUGACAUUUGUGCUAUCGUAUGCGGCCAGCACGUUUUGCUGACGAAAUAAAAACACAGUUCGAGCAACAAAAGCGCAUACAGUACGAUACGCUUUGCCAAGCCGCUUACUCUUCCAGAAUGGCUGACUUCGAUAGCGCCACCAAGUGUAUCAGGAGUAUCGAAAAAGAGAUUCAUCUUCUGCAAACGGAAAUAUCCAACACACGUAACGGUAUUGGGUUAGAAGACGACAACGCGGAGCUAAAAAAGCUGAUGGAAGAAAACACGAGAUUAAAGCAUCGCCUGGAGAUUCUGCAGUCGGCAAUUGCCAAGGAGAGCGGUGCCAGCGAAUGCUCCAACGAUGCAUCCGGCGAAUCGAUCUUGGGAGAACUGCAACGAAUAUUCUCGGAAGCCAUAUGUAAAGCUUUCUCGGGAAUGACGGUCGAGGCGGUGGUAACUCUGUCCACUUCGCCCAAAUUCGGUGAUUAUCAGUGUAAUAGCGCUAUGCAAAUAGUGCAGCAUCUGAAGCAACAAGGCAUCAAAAUGUCGCCACGCGACGUUGCUCAAAAGCUUAUCGAUGAAUUGCGAACUCCGAUAGCCAGCGUUGAAAAGUUUGAAAUAGCCGGCGCGGGCUAUGUGAACAUUUUCCUUUCCAGGUCUUACGGAGAGCAACGUAUAAUGAGCAUCUUGAAGGAAGGGCUUCGACCACCAUCGAUGGCAAGGAAACGUGUAGUGGUGGACUUUUCGUCACCGAACGUGGCGAAGGAGAUGCAUGUCGGGCAUUUGCGUUCGACCAUUAUUGGCGAUUCGAUUUGCCGUUUCCUAGAGUUCCUUGGGCAUGACGUACUUCGCAUAAACCACAUCGGUGACUGGGGCACACAGUUCGGAAUGCUAAUCGCUCAUCUGCAAGACCGUUUCCCGGACUUUCAAACCGUUUCGCCACCUAUCAGUGAUUUGCAAGCGUUUUACAAGGAGUCCAAGGUGCGUUUCGACAGUGACGAGGUGUUUAAGAAGCGUGCCUACGAGUGCGUAGUCAAACUGCAAGGGGGCGAGCCGAGUUACCUAAAGGCAUGGAAUUUGAUAUGUGACGUGUCUCGUAAAGAAUUCCAAACCAUCUACAACCGGCUCGACGUAAAGCUCAUCGAGCGGGGCGAAUCCUUUUAUCAAAGUCGAAUGAAGAAAAUCGUGGAAGAGCUUAAGCAGAGCGGAUUCCUCGAAGAAGAUGAAGGACGGCUAAUUAUGUGGAACGAAGCCCGAGCCGGAAUUCCACUAACCGUCGUAAAAUCAGACGGUGGAUUUACAUACGACACCUCCGACAUGGCCGCCAUCAAGCAGCGCUUGCAAGAGGAAAAGGCAGAUUGGUUGAUUUACGUCACCGACGCUGGUCAGGCCACGCACUUCCAGACCAUCUUUUCCUGCGCAAAACGGGCGAAAAUCCUCGACGCGAGUAAACACCGGGUAGACCACGUUGGUUUCGGCGUUGUGCUUGGCGAAGAUGGCAAAAAAUUCAAGACCCGGUCCGGCGAUACGGUCAAAUUGGCCGAAUUGCUCGAUGAGGGCUUGAAACGUGCGAUGGAUAAACUUAUGCAAAAAGAGCGUAAUUUAGUGCUGACGCAUGACGAGUUGACUGCUGCUCAAGAGUCAGUGGCGUACGGAUGCAUCAAAUACGCGGAUCUGUCCCACAACCGUAAUAACGAAUAUGUGUUCUCCUUCGACAAGAUGUUGGAAGACAAAGGCAAUACGGCCGUCUACUUGCUGUAUGCCUACACCCGCAUACGCUCUAUCGCCCGAAACUGUGGUGGAGAUUUUGCAAACAACAUGCAAAAGGUGAUCGAUACGACGGCGGUGAAGCUAGAGCACGAGAAGGAAUGGAAGCUCGCCAAGGUUCUGCUCCGUUUCACCGAUGUUGUUUUGCUGAUCAUGAAAAAUCUGUCGCUGCACUGCCUCUGCGAGUUUGUGUACGAAGUUUGCACCACAUUUAGCGAGUUUUACGACAGUUGCUACUGUAUCGAAAAGAAUAAGCAAGGUGAAAUCGUGAAGGUUUAUGCAUCGAGGAUUCUGCUGUGUGAAGCCACAUCCCGAGUGUUGGGAAAAUGUUUCGAUAUUCUGGGUCUGAAACCGGUGCAUAAAAUAUAACCGUGUGCACAGUUACGAUGGCGUUUUAGCCCGAUAAUAAAAGGAAUUAUUUAAUAAACUAUCAAAUGUUCUUAAUCGACAA